AGUCCCAGUUAGUUUUACUGCUCAGGUCAAAAGUGUCUGUUGUGGCUACUCGGUGAAUAUAAGCACAUUUUUUUCCCCUUGUUUUUUUGAAAUACACACAAGUAGAAGACUUCUGGCAGACAUUUUUUUGCUAAGUUGUUCACCUGUUGGUCGCUUUAUUCUCAUUAUGGCCACACGUGUUCGACCGAGCAGUAAGCGGUGUGCAGUCAUCGGGGGGUCUGGCUUCCUGGGCAGACACCUGGUGGAGAAGCUGCUGGAUCGAGGCUAUGCUGUGUCUGUGUUUGACAUCCGUCAGGGCUAUGAGCUGCCUGGUGUCAGCUUCCACCUGGGAGACCUCUGUGACAAGCAGGCUCUGCUGUCAGCUUUGAAGGAUGUGUCCUUGGUCUUCCACUGUGCCUCCCCUGCACCCGCCAGUGAUGACCGAGGGCUGUUUGAGAAGGUCAACAUUCAGGGCACACGCACCGUUAUUGAGGCCUGCAUUGAAUCUGGAGUGCAGAGACUGGUCCUGACAAGCAGUGCAAGUGUGGUGUUUGAAGGAAAAGACAUUAAGAAUGGGAGCGAGACUCUACCGUAUGCCAUGAAACCGAUUGACUACUACACAGAGACCAAGAUACAGCAGGAGAAGUUGGUCCUGAAAGCAUGUGACAAAGAGAAGGGUUUCCUCACUGUUGCCAUCCGGCCUCAUGGUAUCUUUGGCCCUCGGGACCCGCAGCUGGUUCCUAUACUGGUAGACACAGCUCGCCGAGGGAAGAUGAAGUUUAUCAUUGGUGAUGGAACCAAUUUAGUGGAUUUCACCUUUGUGGAGAAUGUAGUUCAUGGACACAUCCUGGCUGCUGAACGCCUGAGGCCAGACUCGCCCAUAUGUGGAAAAGCGUACCACAUCACCAAUGAUGAGCCGGUUCGCUUUUGGGACUUCAUGUCUGAGGUGUUGGUGGGUUUAGGUUACCCUGCACCCCGCUACCACCUCCCUUAUAUUCUUGUGUAUGGACUGGCACUUCUCCUCUGGCUGUUGGCCAUGAUCCUGCGCCCGUUAGUAUCCUUCAAACCAACCUUUACACCAAUGAGAGUAGCUCUGGCUGGAACCCAUCACUACUACAGCUGUGACCGCGCCAAAGAGGACAUGGGCUACAAACCAGUGGUGACUUUGAAAGAAGGCAUAACUCGCACAGUGCAGAGUUACCCUCAUCUCAGAAAAGAGGCUUGAUGUUGAUAUCAACAUUGAAAACAAAACUUCUCUUAAAUCCAAGCCACAGGUGCGAGUCAAGUCGCACAUAUAAUGGUAACGAGCUGAUCAUGUGAUCUACAAUUCAACAUAUCACUGCCUGCAGCCUUUCUAUGGCCUUGAAAUGCUUAUGUGCCUGUCUCACCAGGAGAUGGCAGCAAAUUGUCCUGAGUUUGAUAAACAUGCAGCAGUUUGAUCUUGUAAAGAAUUUAAAGCACUUUGUCAAAAAUGUAAAGCAUAAAAGUAAAAUUUGUCAUCUAUAAUAGUCUGAUCUUUGACUAUGAAAACUGGAAAGUCUUACACCCAGGGUGUCCUGUUUGUAUGUAUUUCACCAUGGUAUUCAUAUAUUUAGACACUGAUGUCUAACACAUUCCACCAUAAAUGAUUCUUCUCAUACAUUUUGAACAGACAUGAUUAUGACUAACAAAAAUAUGACAAAACCAAAUGUAUGUAGAGAAUGUCUAGUUUUGAUCUUCGGUAACAUAGUUUGAAAGGACCCAAGUGUAAGAUUUACUGGCAUCUAGCCAAAUGUUGCAGGUCGCGACUAAUUGAAUAGAGCUCCUUUACACCUACAAUUGCAAGCAUAAUUGUAAAAUGUAAAAACAUGCCUUUUCUAAAGCCACUCCAUGGUUUGUACAUUCUAGGCUACUGUAGAAUGACAGUAAUGUAACCCACUUAUCUAGUAAAGAGAGCUCAUUCAAGCAGUUUAUACUUACAGAGAAUUAUGCAUUAAUUAAAUCAUAGUUCUGAUCCUACUAAUAGAUCUUCCAAAAUCUAAAA